AUGUUUGCAAAGAUAGAUCUCUCGGAUGCUUAUCUUCAAAUCGAGUUGGAUGAUGAGUCGAAGGAGAUGGCUGUGAUAAAUACACCUUUUGGAUUGUACCAAUAUCAACUUCUACCGUUUGGCAUAAGCAGCGCACCGGGUGAAUUCCAGAAUAUAAUGGAGCAACUGUUUGCCGACCUUCCUGUACAGUAUAUCUGGAUAACAUCGUUGUUUCGGGUGGCAGGUCCACUUAAUGCACUCCGUGCAAAAGACGCUGAGUUUGUUUGGUCUGCUUGUCAACAAAAUGCAAUGGACACUUUAAAAAACAGUAUAUUACAAGCUGCGGGGUUAGCUCAUUUUGAUGAUUCACUUUCUCUAAUCUUAUCUACAGAUGCCUCCAGCUACGGCAUUGGGGCUGUCAUAUCGCAUAGAUAUCCGGAUGGGACGGAGAGACCCAUAGCAUUUGCCUCCAAGACACUCGAUAAGCACCAAAAAUUAUAUAGCCAGAUAGAAAAGGAGGCAUUAUCAAUCUUCCCGUUUGUGGUGUCAAUAUCAGCUAUUACUUCCGAAGCAAUUAUCAAGGCGAUCCAAUCCAAAUUUGCGAUUGAAGGACUUCCGAAAAUGAUUGUCGCCGACAACGGAACCCAGUUCACCGCACAAAUAUUCAAAGAAUUUUCGGAAUACCAUUCAAUUCAACACUACCGAACAGCUUCGUUUCACCCGGCAUCGAAUGGCGAAGCUGAAAAGUUUGUUCGAACUUUCAAAGAAUCGUUUAAAAAGAACAUGGUAGAUAAAAAAGACUCCCAUAAGGCAAUCAACACGUUUUUAGCUACCUAUCCAUCAACACCUAAUGGAGAUUAA